GAGAGAGAGAGAGAGAGAGAGAGAGAGAGAGAGAGAGAGAGAGAGAGAGCUAUAAAUGCUAGUUGGUUUAUGUGGUUUCUUUUCACCUUCUCUUAACGACUAAGGCAUACACAUAGCUCCUACCUCCUCGCUUUAUAUAUCUAACAUUAUACACACGCGUGUAUCUAUAGAUGGUUUAUAUGGGUUUGUCCUUGAAGGCUUGAACUAACCAACCAAUAUUUAGAUCGGAAAACAACUAUUUUGGGGAGAUUUUCAAUUGGAAAGGCUUAACAAUGGAGUUCUAUGCAUACCCAUCUCGUGCUUUGCCUUCAUCGUCAUCUACAUCUUCAUUUUCAUUUGGGGUUUUGGUUGAUAAGGUUAAAGAGUUUUUCAGAUAUGCGGUUUCUGCGAUUAUUGGGAAUGUGUUCUCUGCGAUCUUCACAUUCUUCUUCGCCUUAGUGGGUACCUUACUAGGAGCCAUGACUGGUGCAUUAAUAGGCCAAGAGACUGAAAGCGGGUUUGUUAGAGGGGCUGCAGUUGGCGCCAUCUCAGGAGCUGUUUUCUCCAUCGAGGUUUUCGAAUCUUCGCUACUCUUAUGGCAAACAGAUGAAUCCGGAAUCGGGUGUCUCCUCUACUUGAUUGAUGUCAUUGUAAGCCUUUUAAGUGGUAGACUUGUUCGUGAACGGAUUGGUCCGGCCAUGCUAAGUGCAGUGCAAAGUCAGAUGGGAGCUGUUGAAACAAGUUUCGAGGAGAUCCCCAACAUUUUCGACAUUGGAGGGGCGAAAGGUCUCCCUGGAGAUUCAGUUGAGAAGAUCCCAAAGAUUGUAGUUACAGAGAAUAACAAUGUGGAUACUUCUGGGGAGAGAGUCUCUUGUUCAGUGUGCCUUCAGGACUUCCAGCUUGGAGAGACUGUUAGAAGUUUGCCCCAUUGCCAUCACAUGUUUCACCUACCUUGCAUUGACAUGUGGCUGGUGAGGCAUGGCUCUUGUCCGUUAUGCCGAAGGGAUCUGUAAGGCUUUGUUUUAUGUAAAUCACAGGAUGAGAAGAGUUUUCUUUUGUUAAUUUCUUCAUAUAUCCCUUUAGGGUUUUUCUAUUUGUUCAUUUAAACCCUCUGUUUGCCAUUUUUACAGUCAUCCUAAUGUAGUUAGUUCUUGUAUCAUAAUUUAGGUCACUGUACUUGAUCACGUUUCUGUACAAAAAUUUUGGGUUACAUAUUGUUUGUUGGUUCUGCUUUCAACUUUUUUCAUAUCAAUUGCUGUUCCCUCCCAUUUAGUGUCGAAAGAUGUCAUGAUGCUUUUGUAAUUACCCUGUGGAGGGAAUGAGUCGCGAUUGAUGGACCCGUACUUGAUUGUUGUUACUCUAACUAAGCCCGA